AUGCACCUGCCAGCUUACCUUCUCGCCGCCUCGCUAUCAACACGACCAGCUCCGGCCACUCGCAGCCUUAACGAACGGCGCCAGUAUCCGCGUCCCCCUCUGACGCCGCACCAUCGCGGCCUGUCUCGCCAAGCCUCUCGACCACCCUCAAUCCCGACUCUGGAACGCUGCUCAUCGACGCCCAAGACCGACAGGACUAACCACCCUCAGUACCGUCGCCAGAGCGUUCCACCCCAUCCUCGCACCGUCGCCGCCUCUGCCCCGUCCACGUAUUCGACUCAAAGACACAGCCUCCAGUUAUAUCCACCCGCCGCCCUGCAUCCCGUCCUUGCCACCGCCGCCGCGUCUCCUCUACGGCCUCGCGGUAACCAUGACCGCUUGGUAACGCCCGGCCUCAACCACAAUACUGCCUUCGCGCGCAUCACGAUGCCGCCUGGAGAUAGACCAAGGCAGCCGCCCUCUGUUGUUCGAGCCGCCGCAAACCGCCCUGCCCCUCUCACCCCCAAAGUUGCCGCCAAAGGUGCUCCUGUUCUCGGUUCGCUGGCCAGGAGACCUCAAGGGACUGUCGCCACGCUUGCGAACGAUGUCGCCUCUCCCGUCUCUGGCUUCCUUGCUACGAAUGUGACCCCCCGCACUGGUCAUAGGCAGACCCGUGUCGAGAGCACAAACAACACACCCACCGCCACGCCGACACCGGAUAACCGCGUCAAUGGAUGGGAUCGUGACAGUCCGCGGCCUGGUGGCAUGGGCUUGACCUCCUCCGCGGAUAGUGGCCUCAAAGCAUCCGAAAUGCCGCCUGAUGCCAACGAUACAAACAAGUUCUUUUAUGCAAGCGACGCAAAGAAUAUACAAACCCCUUGCCAACUGCGUCAACCACCACCCACCGUUCAAAAGGGCCCAAACUUCUUCUACGCCAAUGCCGCUCUCAGCAAUGGCGCAGAUCGCUCAGCCCCCAGCACACCAAAUCCUGUGCCUAUGCUCUCUCCUCCGAAUCCCAAUACACAAGAUUCUUCUACAAAGUUCUUCUACGCCAAUGGGACGCCUGAAAUGGAGCCCAAGCCUGCUUUCUCUAACUCUAACUCUAAUUCUGUAUUGUCUUCGGGACCUCGUUUGGCGCUUGGAGGCCGUCCUCCUCUCGGCUCGUCCGCCACCGUCGUUGGUGUGGUUCAGCGUCCACCAUCACCUCUAAAACAUACUUCAACGCCUGCACCAGUUCUGAGCCCCAUCCUGAGAAACGCCAUGCCUCCCGCUUCAUCGCAAAUAAGCCCACCAUCCCCCGCUACCCUCAAUCCCGAAGGCCAGCGUGGUAUGAGGCGGGUUAGCAUUGAGGCGCCGCCAAAACCUCCCAGACGUCAGUCCCGAGCCACCGGCAGCCCUGGGCCGGAGCUGCAGCUGCCUCCGAAAUUGACAAUGUCACCCAAUCCUUCUGAAACCGUAUCACCACCGGCCAGCCCUGGAAUUUUGCAGACGUCUAUGACGAUGGCGUCGCUGUUACAUGCCGCAGAGGAAUUGCAGGGCUCCGACGACGAUCCGGAUAUUCUGUCGGAACCGCAGAGUCCCAGCAAGUCUCACUUUUCCGAUAGUGUGAAUGAGCUCGUCGCCAACGCCCGCAGAGAGCGCAAAGUCCAGGAUCUCGAAAUUACAAACGCAUCACUCGAAGCCAUCAACAGAACGCUGGAGAGGCAGCUUCGAAAACAGACUGCUGAGCUACGUCGCUAUCGCCGCCUUUCUCGCUCCGGCCGACUUUCUCUCACGUCUGCGCCAAACAGUCGUGUAGUUUCAGAGGCUCUCACCGACCCGCCUGUAGAUCUUUCCGAUCUUAGUGAACAUGAACAGAGCGAAGAGGAAGAGGAGGAAUUCGACGACUCCAUCGAGGAGUCCGACCUUUCCAUGAAUGACACGGCAUCCAUGUCUGCAAUUUCUAUCAGCGCCAUGCGUCGCAAACGUGACGAGAAGCGCCUACAGCUUGACCUCACAAAACACCAAGAGCUGCUGAUAGAUAGCCAAAAGAUGAACCAAAGCAUCAAGCGCUGUCUGAGCUGGACUGAGACACUUAUCAAGGAAGGCCAAAAAGCUCUUGAGUAUCACGUUCGUGUUUCUGAUGUUGAAUUUGGCGGUCACAUUCUCUCCCCCGUCGAUGAGGACGACUACGACUUGGCAUUCCAAGAUGAUGACCACCACAUGGCCCGGAAAGAAGCAGCGUCCUCGUCACCCUUGAGGGCCCAACCAGACCGUGACAGUGGCAUCGAACUCCCCCCCGGCGACGACGGCUCAUAG